GGGUGUCGCUUCCUCUCUGGUAAAUAUACAUCUUUGUGUGGCUGUCUGACUCCGUUCAGCCAUUUUGGGUAAGGUUGUUCAACGACGAGUUACUAGCUAACACACCGGGCCGAAGACUUCAAGAAACUGAACAAAAGCCGUUUUUACAAACAAAACAUCGUUCAAUAUGGGUCCACCAGGAGACAACCCCCGUCGUGUGUCCUCUGCAAGAACGGAGGAUUUAAGUUGGUUUGUCAAUUUAUCUUGACAUGGCGUGCAGGGUGGUUGUGACGACUGAAGAAACGCACGAAAGACAAGCGCAGAUAGCUAGUUAAUACCUCAUUCAGCGGGGUGGAAAGAUUUUGACUGCGUUUGUUGUUGGCUGUAGAAAUCAAGUUGGUUCUCCCGACGAAUCCUAAAACAUCAUGAUGAUAUUUAAGGACAUUUAAAAUGACAGGAGACAACAGUUAGCCAGUCAAUCGUACGUCAUUCGACAUUAAAAUAGUAAGCCAGACAGAACUCGGCGGAAAUGUAAAAAACGAAAGAUGACUGUCAGCUGGCUAGCUAACCCGCACGACAUAGACCUCAAUUACGCCAAGUAACAAACAUAUGAUGUAGGUAGCUAGUUUGUCCACUAACUAGUUAGUGUUUUUAGUGUAUGCAGCUUAGCUGGCUCACGUUAGCUAGUCAGCUAAAAUACUCCCGUCACUAUGAGUAUCGACAAUGGAAGUAAACAAGGCCGCGGGCCAGUUCAAUGGCGGUAAAGCCCCGAGAUGUCAAGCUACUCGGUUAACUUCAAUGUUGUAACCUCAACCUGGUCCCAACAUCCACGUUUACUUUCCGUGAUGGUUGUCUGUACCCCCCAGUCUGUCAGCAGCACACUCAUAACGCAGUCUCUUGAGAUAAAUUAAACACAGUCAUGGACGAAGCUUUGAGUUUGAGAAGACAGACGGUAGAAUUGUCUGCUUGCUAAUUUUGCGUAGGAGCCUUCUGUGUCACCCUGUGAGAAGUCGUGUCGGUAUGGGUUUUGGAAAUAGCUAUCCUUUCUGUUAGUGGUUGUUGUCAGUAAAGAAAAGGUGCACCUAAAUUUCGAUUUGUUACUGUUGUCACUAGGCCAAUGAUGUGUUGAAUUAAAAUUUGCUUUGGCCUGUAUUCGACUGUCAUGCUUUUAAUCACAUGACCUCUUGAGUAAUUAAUCAAACAAAUGUAGUAUUGAUGAAAGUAUUGAUUAAGAACCCCCCUCCUGCGCAUAUUUCCAUUUUAAAUAAAUACGAAUGACAUAGCUUGAUAUUGAAUUAGUUUCCUCUUUCAGUUAGUAGGGAUUUCAAAAGGUAUAGUGUAGAAUAAUUGGAUCUCGUUUCUGUAAGGGGUAGCUAGCUAGCCACAUCUCAAAAGGAUAGUCAAAAUAUUCUGUAAAAGAGAAGACACUAACAUCAAAAUCUAAUAAUGGGGGACCCAAUCUCGAGAAGAAACCAAAUUAGGAAUCGACUCCGUGCUCAGAUUCAGAAGAAAAGGGAAUCUUUGGCUGACCAGUUUGACUUCAAGAUCUACAUAGCCUUUGUGUUCAAAGACAAGAAGAAGAAGUCUGCACUGUUCGAGGUAGCCGAAGUGGUACCAGUGAUGACCAACAACUAUGAAGAGACUAUCCUGAAAGGUGUGCAGGAGUCCACGUACUCCCUCCAGAGUUCCAUAGAACUUCUGCAAAAAGAUGUUGUGCAGUUGCACGCCCCACGUUACCAAUCAAUGCGCAGGGAUGUCAUAGGGUGCACCCAGGAGAUGGACUUCAUCCUGUGGCCGCGCAACGACAUAGAGGAGAUAGUCUGUCUCCUGUUCUCCAGAUGGAAGGGGGCCGAGGACGAACCCUUCAGGCCUGUUCAGGCCAAGUUUGAGUUUCAUCACGGAGACUACGAGAAGCAGUUGAUGCAUGCUGUCGGCCGGAGGGACAAGGCUGGAAUGGUUCUGAACAACCCCACUCAGUCGGUCUUCCUCUUUAUGGACCGACAGCACUUACAGACUCCUAAAACCAAGGCCACAGUUUUCAAGUUGUGCAGCCUUUGCCUCUACCUGCCCCAGGACCAGCUAACGUGCUGGGGCGUUGGCGACAUCGAGGACCAUCUCCGCCCGUACAUGCCUGACUAGGGCCAGCCUGCCUCCAUGGCUUCCACCCACAACACAGAAGACUAACCCCCCCCAAGCCACUGAAGCAAGUUCACCUCUCUCAUCCACCACACAUUCUUCCUUCCAUUGAAUAGAAUUGAACUUGUGCUUGGAUCUCCUGUCCUUUUUGUUAAUUCAUUCGUUUCCAUCCUGAAGCUAAUUUUUAAAAAUCCCAUAUUAGUUUUUCCUUACCAAGCUUCUUCCUCCUAGCUCUGCUCCACCAGUUUGGGAUUGGUUGUCCCUUUAUCCUCACCCAUUUCUCCAUCCAUCUUUCUGUUUAUUUUUUAACCUGCACGAACAUUGAUUUGAGUGGUAGGUUAUUCCCCUGGAGCUGCACUGUCAACGACACAGACGAAUCCAGUCAUUUGAAGGCACCAUUUUAUGUUGCUACCAAGCAAGAACGAAGCCACACAGGUUUUCAUGACGUUCACAAGGGUCCUCCGUCUCUGCCGGACACAUUAAUGUCCAACCCAUGUCAUAAGAUUGUAAACGCUUCUUCUGUCAUUUCAAAGAUGGGUUAAAGAAGAAAAGAUGCCCAUGGGGGGGGGAUUUCUAGAACAACUAGGUACAAUCUAUGAUGACCGGUCAGCCUAGGUGGGGUUGAAACGUCUCCUGUAAAGAUAAAGGUGAACAGUAUUUCAACAUCAGGUAUUUACAUCUUUGUGUUCCUUUUAAGCCUCCUUCCUUUGAAGCUGGGCGUUUUUUGAUUUGGGCUGUCACUUGCUUUCCUGUGAAAUAUGCCAGGUAGACCAUUGGUAAGAUCUGGAGUAUAGAUGAUAACUGAUGGGAGGGACCAUUGGUAAGAUCUGGAGUGUAGAUGAACUGAUGGGAGGGACCAUUGGUAAGAUCUGGAGUAUAGAUGAACUGAUGGGAGGGACCAUUGGUAAGAUCUGGAGUAUAGAUGAGAACUGAUGGGAGAGACCAUUGGUAAGAUCUGGAGUAUAGAUGAACUGAUGGGAGGGACCAUUGGUAAGAUCUGGAGUAUAGAUGAACUGAUGGGAGGGACCAUUGGUAAGAUCUGGAGUAUAGAUGAUAACUGAUGGGAGGGACCAUUGGUAAGAUCUGGAGUGUAGAUGAGAACUUUUGCUAGGGACCAUUGGUAAGAUCUGGAGUAUAGAUGAGAACUGAUGGGAGGGACCAUUGGUAAGAUCUGGAGUAUAGAUGAACUGAUGGGAGGGACCAUUGGUAAGAUCUGGAGUGUAGAUGAGAACUUUUGCUAGGGACCAUUGGUAAGAUCUGGAGUAUAGAUGAACUGAUGGGAGGGACCAUUGGCAAGAUCUGGAGUAUAGAUGAACUGAUGGGAGGGACCAUUGGUAAGAUCUGGAGUAUAGAUGAGAACUGAUGGGAGGGACCAUUGGUAAGAUCUGGAGUAUAGAUGAACUGAUGGGAGGGACCAUUGGUAAGAUCUGGAGUAUAGAUGAGAACUGAUGGGAGGGACCAUUGGUAAGAUCUGGAGUAUAGAUGAACUGAUGGGAGGGAAUUGUGCCACAGUGUUGUGAGUCUCAUGGUGCGGACAGACAGUGUCGAUGUUGAUUAGAUUCUGACACUUGUUACCACGAAAGCCAUUCAAGCUACUGAAAUCUGAUGUUGAACUAAUGUUAAAAAGCUAAUGUACCUAACAAUGGAACAGGUUGUUUGAGUUGAAAUUUUAUGUGAGCGCCAGAUUUAUAUUCCUUAAUUUGACAGGCAACAGUAUCCUAAGAGUACUAAUUGUUGCAGUGCUUAUAAAAUAUAAAAUGGGUGUUUUUUUGCAAGCUUGCUUUUCUGGGGAGAAAUAAGGCACAGUCAGUACAUUUAGGUUUUUCUUUGAUUCAAUAUGUUGGGCUGAAGGCAGGUCAAUAUGUUUUGAAAUGAAUCUAAAAAAAAUCAACACUGCUGAACAUAUCCCAAUACAGUGCAAACUUAAAGUA